AUGGGAAACACAUACCGUGUCAGCACUUCCAGCUGUACAAAGGUUGUUGGAACUGGUUAUGAAGGAGCUGGCUGUUUUAGUAGCAGGAGCCUAGGGGUUGCCAACUCUGGUGGCCCCAAAAUUGCUUUCAGCAACUGCAUGCCUCCACAGUGUGGAUAUGGCUAUCAGGGCCCCGGCACUGGAUAUGGCUAUUGCGGCUCCAGAUAUGGCUAUGGUUUCAGGCGUUCUGGGGUCUGUGCACCUGGCUCUCCUUGUAUCACUCCCGUAACUUGCAAUGAGACCCUGCUGCGACCGCUCAACCUGGGGAUCGAUGCCACAGCUCAAGCAGCCAAAUGUCAAGAGAAAAACGAACUCCAGUGCCUCAACAGCAAAUUUGCCUGUUUCAUUGACAAGGUCCGGCUUUUGGAGCAGCAGAACCUGGUGCUGAAGACCAAGUGGGACUUCUUGCAAGAGCGGAAGCGUUGCAAAAGCAAUGUGGAGCCCAUGCUUAAUGAUUAUAUCUGCAACCUGAGGAAAGAGCUGGAGUGUCUGGAGUGCGAGAGAGCACAGCUGCAGGCCGAAAUGAAAAACUGGAGAGAGACUCUGGAAUGCCAUAAAAAAAAGUUUGAAGAGGAGUGUCACCGAAGAACAAGUGCAGAAAAUGAAUAUGUGGCAAUUAAAAAGGAGGUAGACUGUGUUUUCCUGGACAAGUCACAGAAAGAAGCCAAAGCAGAAGCCUUGAUGCGAGACCUCUGCUUUUGCAGAGCUACUUUUGAGGAGGAAAUCCAGGAGUUGCAGUCUCGCAUUUCAGACACCUGUGUCACGGUACAAAUGGACAACAGCCGAGGACUGAAUAUGGACUGUGUCAUUGAAGAGUUCAGGUGUCGAUAUGAAGACAUCGCUUCCAGGAGCCGUGCCGAGGCUGAAGCUUGGUGCCAGUGCCAGUAUCAGGAGCUGAAAACAACCGCUGCCGAGCACUGUGACAACCUGCGUCACGCCAAAGACGAACUUACUGAGAUGACUAGGGUGCUCCGUCGGCUGGAGACAGAAGUUUCGAAUGUCAAAGCCCAGUGCUGCAAACUGGAAGAGGAGGUGGCCUCAGCUGAGGAGCGUGGGGCGAUGGCGGUGAAAGAUGCCAAGUGCAAACUGGUUGACCUGGAGGAGGCCCUGCACAAGGCCAAGCAGGAUAUGGCCUGCCAACUGCGGGAGUACCAGGACCUGAUGAAUGUCAAGAUGGCUCUGGAUAUUGAGAUUACCACAUACAGGAAACUGCUGGAAGGAGAGGAAUGCAGGUUGGGUGAAGGAGAAUGUGCAGUGAACAUCUCUGUGCGAAGAAGCCAGGGAGCCGUGGUGUGUGACACCAAUCCUCGACCUAUGUGUGGACCUCGUAUGUGCUGGCCCCCUGGGCAGACCGUGACAACCUGUGGCACUCGAGUAACAAAGUGUGGCCCAGCCAGAGAUGUGUGCGUUGAUGCUGUGCCUCCUUGUAGGGAUGCAGUGAAUUGCAUUCCCUGUGUCAACCCUUGCCCGCCUUGUAGAGAUGCCUGCCCCCCUCCAGGCGGCUUUAGCUGUGGGAGCCAAAGGAGCUCCCAUAUCAAAUUUGUACCGCCUGCUGGCCAUGGUGGUCGAAACUACUAG